GAUGGUGCGUGGUGCCCCUCAUGCAGACUGCAGGCCACGCACUACUGCCGCCUUGUUGUCUGCUACCCUCGUCACGCUGUAUGUUUGUCUUUUUACAGUUGAUGUGUGUGGGGGAUGGUGCGUGGUGCCCCUCAUGCAGACUGCAGGCCACGCACUACUGCCGCCUUGUUGUCUGCUAGCCUCGUCACGCUGUUUCUAACGCUACAUGUUACGCUCUAUGACACAGCCGUGUACGAGCUGCAGGUUGCUUCUGGCUCUCCCCCACUCAGCUUCAACCAGGCUGUCACGUUUCCCACUCAUGUCCAUUUCCCACGAACGAGUCGCCGGUUACCUCAGGCAAUCAUCAUUGGAGUCCGCAAGUGCGGGACACGAGCGCUGCUGGAGAUGCUAUUCCUACACCCCCGGGUACAGAAGGCCGCCGGAGAGGUCCACUUCUUCGACAGAGACGACAACUACAGCCGAGGUUUGGAGUGGUACCGCCACAAGAUGCCGCAUUCAUUCAAGGACCAAGUCACCAUCGAGAAAAGUCCUUCCUACUUCGUCACGCCCGAGGUGCCAGAACGGAUUCGCGCUAUGAAUGCGAGUGUGAAGCUGCUGCUGAUAGUCCGUGAGCCGGUGACCAGAGCUAUUUCCGACUACACUCAACUUCGCAGCCACGCGGCCACUCCCUCUAGCAGCAGCAGCAGCAGCAGUGGGCAGUCGCAGUCGCAGUCGCACAGGAGCUUCGAGCAACUGGCCAUCAAACCUGAUGGUAGCGUCAACGCUGCCUACAAGCCGCUAGCAGUAUCUCUCUACCACACAUUCACACAUCGCUGGCUAGAGGUGUUCCCGCGCCACCAGCUUCUAGUUGUGAAUGGUGACCAUCUGAUAGAAGAUCCUGUCUCCCAACUACAGCGGAUAGAGAGGUUCCUGGGGCUGGAACCGCGGAUCACAAGACACAACUUCUACUUCAAUCACACCAAGGGGUUCUUCUGCUUGAGGAACGAAACAGCGGAUAAGUGUUUGAGAGAGUCGAAGGGUCGGCGACACCCGAGGGUGGACCCAGCGGUCAUCUCCAAGUUGAGGAGGUUCUUCAGCGAACACAACCAGAAGUUCUACGACCUUGUGGGAGAGGACCUGGGGUGGCCAGAGGAAUAAUAAUCAUCAUAUUUAUAGCAGAGCCAUUCCAGUCAAAUCGCUUACAUUACAUUUUUCGUUUUAAAAUUAUAAUAGACGUAUCAAUAAAAAAUAAACUAAGUAUUCAAAAAUAAAAUUUCAACACAUAGAUUUUCUAUGGUGAAAUUGUAUUUGCAGUAUUUUGCCUGAUACUGUACUUGCUAUAGUAUUUAGAACUCUUGGAGAGCGAGUUUAAAACACAUUAUCCAGCUAAGUUAAAUAUUUUACCAAUUAAUUACAGAGAGAUCAAACUGUUUUAACAAUAAUUGAGAUGACUAUGUAUAUGGUAAUACAUUUUGUUAGCAGUAGUUCAGUUCGACUGGAAUGGCUCUAAUAAAUAAGCACAAAUAUUGAAAAUUUGAAUUAUUGAGAAACAAAUACAUAUCACAGAAACACAGAUACAUAUCAUGUAAAAUAUUUUAGACCGGCCAUUUUUAUACUUGGAGCCAGACGGGAGACAUUAGUAUUCACCUCUAGGGAAGCGCUACAGUCGCAAGUAUAAGCUUUGUGUUCUAAGAGCGGUUGCGUCAGCUAGUGUAUCAAUUACUUAGAUUUAAGAACCGAAACAUAUCAACAGCCUUGGCGGUGUCACAACGAAAUAAUAUAUUUUCAUACCGUACUUUUAAUAUGUAACUUAAAGGAUAACAGUAAACUUAAAAGGUGUUAUACCCGGAUAAAUUACACCGAAACGUUUUAGGAUUGAGGAGCACAAAUGAAAGUAAAAGUAUCUUCCGUAGUAGCGUUAGUCCCUAUUUUCAAAUAAGGUUAUGAAUUCCAAUAACUUUUACUGGAUGUAUUAGUUAUACAAAUUAAACUUGUUGUAAAAUAUGAUUCCACCCGCACUCGUCCCGAAAUGUUUAUAAACCUUUCGAAAAUGUUUGUUCUGAAAACAAACUCGUAAAACCCGAGGCCGUGGAGAGCAGAUAAUAUCGGUUGUUCUGUAUCAACCAGAUCGAGGAACAAAUAUAAAAUUUUAAAUAUGUAACAAAUAAAAUAAAAAUGUUUUUUAUAAGAUAUAUAACAUAUUUUUCUUUGCCCUGAUUAAAUACAAAAACUUCUAAUUUUCCACAACAAAUUCAGUCUAAAAAUUCAAUUAACCAAAAUUUUACCUUUACGAGUGACAUAAAAACAGUCUCAUAUGAGUAUUUUAAUAUAUCCACACAUGUUUUUACUAAAACAUGUAUGCAUUCAUUUGUUUAAAAUUUUACUUGCCUUAUAAUGUAAUAGAAUCAAUGAGAGAUAAGGACAAAUUUAACAUAGUUGCUUGAAACAUAACUAUCGCUCCAGAAACCCAUUCGAUUUGUAGCUUUAGGAAGUACUGUGAAACUAUUAAGGCUUGGAAUUAAAUUUACAUUUAUCUGUCUCUAAUUGACUGGUAAUUUCUCGUUUGGAAUUAUGAAAAAGAGUCGAUUUUAUAUCUUACUCAUAUUGUGUAAUAUAGUGGAUAGAUUUCUGCAUCUCUCAAUGUUUUUGUAAAUAAGAGUUCUAGAUGUUGUGUGUUUUUAAAUGCGGAGGAGCAAUAAUGGUUCCAGGAAUCUCUCCAAACAGCAAUAAAAACAACACCAAUUAUAUAUUCCAAUGUAGGUGCAUUAACAUAUUUACAUAAAUAUGUCGUAGCUUAUAUUACCAUGUUUUAACUUUUACCCCUAACAAUUGUACAUUUUGUGAUAGCGAUAAUUUGUGCUAUUAACACUUAGUUUUUUUUUUCUGAACUUCAAAUUAAAAAUGCAAUUGCAUUUAUUUUAUUGGGCAUUUCCUACGAUUAUAUUUUUGAUUCGUCGUCAUUAACGGGAUGAUGCAAUAUAAUAUUAAACCCGUUUUGAAACCAAUUAUAUAUUUAGUUAAGCAACAGUUUUACACGAUUAUGGAGAGAUUUCCUAGCCAAACUCCUGUCUGGCUCCUUUAGUCCUAGAUCAUGUUGGUCUGUGCCUUAAGUAGCGUAGUAGGUCACUCCACAUUGGAAGUUGUUGAUGCAUUGUUGAGUCUUAGAUCAUUUACGUGUGAAAGAUAAAUGUGUGACAGGGUUAUUAUGUUUUGAGUUAUUAGCAGCUACUCAUCUAACGUUAAGUUUGGAGUAGUGGCAGUUGUUGACAUUGUCAUGCACCAAAAAGCGUUGUUUGCUUUAGAAGUUUAAAUAAAUUGUUUAUUGUCGUUUUUUAUGAUUGUAUUACUCGCCAAAAUCAAGGGUUGUAAACCAUAAAGAUUUUUCAUAAUGGGCGAAAUUAGAGAAUAAGAAACAGGAACAGCUUUCGAAGCUUGAAAUGUUAAAACUGUGCUAUAACUUUAUUUCAUUUUGUAUCGUUUAAAGUAGGCAUACCUUAUCCCACCAAAAUCCCCCCGAAUUAAAGGCACAUAAAUAAUGUUAGGAAUAUUAUAAUCAACUUCUACAAUACAUUGCGUAAGAUCGACUUUGUCCAAGAGAUUUAUUUUAUUAUUUUAAAACCUCAAGUAUGUUAUUGUGCUAACUAAUUAAUAAUAUUUUUUAAUUAUGUACUAUUAGUAUUUAUUGUAUCUUUAAACUCAACAUAACCUGAAAAUAAAUCAUUUACAAGAGGAAGAAAAAGUACAUUAAAAGUAUGCGUUUGGCUCUUAAUAAACAGAAGAUAAAACGACAGACAUGAGUGCAUAAUGUAUUACACAGAAGUGUGUAUUAUACAGAAUGUAAACAAUAACCUAUUAUACAACAUACCUUCCCUACAUAGCCAUUGAGACUUGUGAAGUAGCAGACUGAACAUACAUAUCACUAAUGUUAGCAAAUGUUAUAUAAGAACUAAUUAUUGAUUGUUGGAUUGUUUAUAACUUUAUGUACUGGUACCUGAAAAGUUGAAAAUUUAGCGGAAAUUAUAUUUUUACGUACUUUGCAUAACUUUUUCCAACACAACUCAAAUACAGUAUAUUACGACAGAAUAGCUAUAUUUAAACAUAGGUAAUAAUUGUACAUUUACCUACUUGAAAACUAUUUGGGUAUAAUAAUAUUGAUUCGUCUUUCCUUCAACUAAACAUGCUCUCAGAAAUCGUGUCCACGUUAUAAACUAUGCAUUCCGGCACAGACAAGAUAGAUUUUCGCGUUAUAAACUAAUCAUUCCGGCACAUACAAGAUAGAUUUUCGCGUUAUAAACUAAGCAUUCCGGCACAGACAAGAUAGAUUUUCGCGUUAUAAACUAAGCAUUCCGGCACAUACAAGAUAGAUUUUCGCGUUAUAAACUAAUCAUUCCGGCACAGACAAGAUAGAUUUUUGCGUUAUAAACUAAUCAUUCCGGCACAGACAAGAUAGAUUUUCGCGUUAUAAACUAAGCAUUCCGGCACAGACAAGAUAGAUUUUCAAUUGCAAUAGCUCUUAACAUUCCGUGACAAAAAUUAGUUUAAAUUAUAACCUGAUUUCGAUACGGAAUUCAUAAAAACUCGUAUUGAAAAUCGUAUUUAUUUUUAUAAUCGAUCCAAUUCAUUGCAAAACAUUAUUUGUAAUAAUUUAUUAUCAGUUUUCGCAAAGUCCAUUCGCAAAUUUAAGUCUUAUGUGGCUUUGCCAAAACUAAUUUAUAUGUUUUCAUGGUUCUUGAAGUUUUAACACAUACCCAUCAUGUUUACCAUAUCAGUAUUCUUUAAGUUAUUAUUUAUUUUAAAAUGUAUUGAAUUAAAUAGAUUUUCAUUUUAGGAAUGAAAAUUCAUAAAUAGGAAAUCAAAAUCUGUACUAAGUUAUCACAUAUAUCAUUAUUCAAAAGUAGUUAUAUUUUAAAGUUUAAUACAAUAAAACUAUAGCAUAAAUUAGACUAGUUAAUAUUGUUACUGAAAAUUCAACCGUUAGUCAGCUAAAACGUUAUAAAUGUAUCUCCAUUGUUUUUAACAAUGUUUGGUUGUUCAAGAAUUAAGGAAAUGUCAUUGUAAAUAUACUUAACACCGUAUGUUUUAAUUGUUCAUUUCAGUUAUAUUUACACUGAAAGAUAUGCAAUAAUCUAUCGCAAUAAAUGAUUGAUUUUGAGUAUAUACUUAGAAUGUAUAUUACUUAUAGUGAUGGCUUAUACCACAUAAUAUAGAUUUUCUUUGCUUAUACCAAUCUUACAACAUGAAUGAACAUAAUGUGUUCACAUUAAUUUGUACUUAGGAUAUUUAAAUAUAAAAAUCUAGUAAAAAUACCACUCAGUGCUCUCCAUAACAAUCAGAGUUUCGAUGCUAAAUAGUUCAUUUUUGAAGCUAUAGGGUGAGUGAAUGAACACCCCCAGGGAAUGACCGUUUCGUAUAAAAAACAUCAUAUUAAACAUUUUGUUUUGUCCAGUCUAUCACAAACGCUCUUUAAAGUAACUCUAAAGUCUGAUAAGAAUCUACCUUAUCACUGGUUCAAAUAUAAAAGGCGCUUAUCCUUUUGUAACACAAACAAGACUAACUGUUCCAACCAGUUCAUCUUCAAGCUCGCCACUAUAGCAUCUCGUAAAAACAAGUUUUGUAGUAUUUGUCAUGAUUUUUUGGAUGGAAAAUGCAAUAUAUUAUAUAAUAAUUGGCUUUAAACAUUUUACUUGCUUUAGGUACAAUAACGUUGUACUCAUUUUACGAUAAAAACCAUAAACAACGAUUAUUUAAACAUCCGGUCAUUUACUGGAUCACAACUUUGGGCGUAACUAGGAAAUAACUUGUUUCGGCAAUUAACUAGAUUUGGAUCAAUUUUCUUUCAAAGUUUUGGAAGCGAUGCUUUGUUAGGAAACCCAAAUGAUCAUCAGAAAUCACGUGAAUGUGACGUUGUGUAGCCGCAAUGUGACUGCGGGUUAUGGGCUGCGGUUAUUUACUUGAAAUGUUUUCUUUUACUAUAUACGUUCACCUUCAACGUGAGAAUCUUGGAAGAGUUGUUGGCAAAAAGGAGGGGGUUUAAUACAAUUUCAAAUUGUUAAAUAAUGGGCAGGGAUUAUUGAAUUGCAUGAAUAUGAUGCAUAAACACUCUGUUUGAACAUAAUACAGUAAGUUUGAUCAUUAUGAAGUUCAGGAGAAUAUGGGCAAUAUGUUUAAACUAUUAACUAUAACACAGUAGCUUAAUGUCCACUUUCCCAUGUCGGAUACAAGUGGAAACUCAAGCUAAAAAAGUCAUUCACUGGUGCUCCUACCAUAUCACUAUUCACUAUUCAGGGUAAUAUAAAAUAAACUAUAGAUAAGGUAUACAAAAUACAAUAUUCAUUAUGAACCCUUUUUCUAACUGGAAAGAAUUUUUCAGGAAAGACAGGAAGAAAUCAGAUAGGUUUGCUAGUUUCCCAUAAAAAGCACACUAUAAUUAUAAUCCUCAGCUACUACUAUAUACCUCACUAUCAGUUACCAUUAGUUCAAAGUAUUGAAAGAGAAAAUUAGCCUAUAUUUAUGUUUGUCUUAGUUAUAUGUCUGUGAUCUGUUUUUAAGAUGUAUACAUGCACCAGCAAUACUAUACAUUUUAUAUGGUACCUAUUUAGCAGUUAAUACGCUAUAUUUAAAACGUGGAAUGCUAUUUUUGUUGCUAUAGAGAGGUCCAUAUUCCUGUUCCUAUACAAAAACACAUGUUUUAAAUAGUUUUUUUAAUACAACGCCAAUCAACAACACCACAUGUGUGUUGCACAUUGAAUGCUAUGAGGUGGAAGUCUUUUAUUGUAAUAGGCAGAUCACUAGCAACACAUUCACGAGAAGAUCAAUCCAAAUCAUAGUAUAUGUACUACGAAUGACAGUAACAGUCUAACAAAAUGGUCAUCGUAUGUACAACAGUGACAGGUAUUUAGACUAUACAUAUAUCAAUGUUUUUAAUCUAUUUAAUUGUUAUUGACCUAAGAUCUUGGAUACUUGUACCGUUUGUUUUGAUCUGCCUAUGUUGGUAGUGCAAGACUUUUUGUAUGAAUCGGUAUGAAUGUUAUGUGAAUAUUUCAAUAGUAGUAAUACAACUUGUUGUUCUGUACAUUCCGCUUAUGUCUUUUGAUGCUCUAUAGAAGUGUUUGUAUAGUGUUUCUAGACUGAUUGAAACGAAACAUAUCAUUCGUGUCUUCUAAAUGAGGAAUUAAAUUUGUCAUUUGACACUAUCCCUCCUUCCUUCGCCCCUAUCCUCAGAAUCCAAUAUCACUUUUUUGAAUUCAGACCUUUUACAAGACACAUCUGUGAAUGAUUUAUAAACCACUUGUGUUACAAUCCAAUUCCAGGUCCUGAACAAUAAACUAACGAAUAUGCCAUAUUGUAUCAAAACAGAAAAAAGAAUCGUUGCCAGCUUGUCGAUAUCAAAUGAAAUUAUUUAUUUUUGUUGGAUAUUUUCUAUUUUCUAUUUGGCCGUAAAUGCCACAGUUGACGAUUAAGACUGAGUUGAAAGGAACAUUGUUACUGUGAUCAAUACAUUUGUUUCCCAGCAGGGCACAUUCUCCCUUCCCAACAAUCCAUUCAACUCUUUACAUUGUAACAAGGCCUAAUCAUGUUUGUUACAUUCUUCUCAUAAGAUGUUUUCCUUCUCUUUAUCUCUCUAUAUCUCUCUUGUCUCUGUAAAUUAAUCCUUAAUAAACGCCUCUUGGCUCAUAA